AUGGGAAACACAUUCACUACGCAACAGGAGUCGGUAGUUCCUACUAGUACUCCCUCUAGCAAGCCUGGCCCUCUCGCUGCUGUGGAAGCUCCCGUCUUGUCUUUCACUGUUGACGAAUUCGUAUUCGCCUACCUCCAAGGCGUGCGUACCAAAUCUAUGUUCCACAACACCGGACGUCCAUUUUUAGAGGAUGCCGUCUACCAUCCACCCUGGGUUGGCACUACAGCCGAAGACAUGUACGACGAGAUGAUCGGGGUCGGCAUCAGUCCACUACGAUGGUGUCAAGCCAACCUUCCAGAAUUGAUGUUAAAAGACAGCUUCAUCACCCGCGUCGCCCCCAUCGAAGACGAAGAACCCAACCUCAAUUACAAGGGCUUGAGUUUCUCGCAUUGGUCAUUCCUAGAGACGUUGAAUGAAGCGGACAUAGAGCUCCGUUCAGUUAUCCCUAGCGCGCAUCCUACCGUCGGCAGACCAAUUCCUGAUCGGUUCGCGCUGCCGCAAGCCUGGUGUGUAGGCAUGUACAAACUAGCAGAAAUGCUGGAUGAGAUGCACAAUGCGGGUAUAACACCCUAUCAAGUCAUGACUAAGUUAAUUGCCGUUAUUGGGGUCACCGGAAAUCAGGGUGGGUCAGUUGCUCGCGCGUUCCUGAACGAGCCCGAGUGGAAAGUUCGCGGCAUCACUCGCGACACUUCCAAACCGUCCGCCACAGAGUUGUCAUCCCAAGGUGUUGAAGUCGUAGCAGGCAACCUUGAUGACCUAGAGUCGCUGAAGAAUGGAUUCAAGGGUGCAAAUGUCAUCUUCGGCAACACUGACUUCUGGGGUCACCUGAAUGAUCCUGCGACACAUAAGCUUGCUGCCGAACAGAAACGUACAGCAAACGAAGUGGCAUAUGACCGAGAAGUUGCUCAAGCCAAGGCUAUCAUCGAUGCAGCAGCGGCUCAUGCCGGUACUCUGGACCGUCUCGUGUUGUCCACGCUUUCUGAAGCUAGGAAAUGGAGCAACGGUACCAUCAAGUGGAACUUGCACUUCGAUGCAAAGGCUGAAACCGAGAAUUACCUGAAAGAGACAUACCCGGAGCUUUCCGCCAAGACGAGCUUGCUGCACUUGGGCUCCUAUGCAAGUAACUGGAGACCAGAGAAGCAGGAAGACGGCUCCUUUGUUCUUAGUCUACCCAUGAGUGGAGACAGGAAGAUCCCCAUGGUCGAUCCGGUUGCAGACACUGGGCGUUUCACGAAAGCACUCGUUGAUUUGCCACCAGGAACACUUUUGAGCGGCGCUGGAUCGUUCAUAUCGCUUGGUGAAUGGUGCGACAUCUUCGGGAAGGUGAACAACGUGAAAUGCGUCUUCAAGCAGAUACCCCGAGAAGCCAUUGAAGAAGCGAUGGGACCCGUAUACGGUCCCGAAAUUGCCGACAUGUACGAGUAUUUCGACAAGUUUGGCUUCGAAGGUGGCAUUCCUGAUGUCGUGUUUCCGUGGGACCUGGGCAUCGACGUGAAGUACACGUCCAUGGAAGAGUACUUGAAGAGCGAGAACUGCAGCAUCGUUUUGUGA